UUGCUAAAACAUUAGUUCAUUUACAAAAAUUGGGUUUAAUGUCAAUUGUUGUCUUGGAUAAUGAUGAUUGGAAAGAAAUGAUAAAAGAAGGUCCAUCUCGAUUCAACGAAUUGAGAACGUGGAUGAUAAAGGAUGCCGAAAAUAUUGGUGAAGCAAUUGAAAUAUGUGGAGGAAAUUCUAUUCCAAUUUAUGAUAGUGUAUUUACACUUACAAAUGGUACAAAUAAACUUAUUCCUAAAAAGGAUACAAAUAAACAACAUCGUUAUUUCAAGCUUCCUGGACGAACUUUAGCAACUGAUGUCGACGCAAAAAUAAAUGUUUCAUUGCAUUGGCUUAAAUGGUGUUAUGAAUUAGGUCAAAUCCCUCUUAUUCUUCCCAUAGCUCUUGAUGGUUUAUUAAUUCAAAGAACUAUUCCUCCAAACUCUGGGAUGAUUGAAUUAUCCCGUGCUUUAUCUAAUCCUUCUAAUGCUAAUUUCAUGCAUCUAAAAACUCCUGAGCUAGAACCAAUGAAAAUCAUUGUUAUCAACUCGGAAGGUGGAAUUCCAUCCGAGGAUCGUAAAGGUUCUCACGUUUUUAUUAAUAUUCAACAAGAAUAUGAUUAUCUAAAACAAAGUUAUAAGGUCAAUCCACAUUGGAAUUUCACUCAUCCCACUGGCCUUGAAAAUUUGGAAAUGAUAAAAUCUUGUUUGGAAAAUCUUCCUUCUACUUCGUCAGCUAUCAUGGUUCCUGCUUAUUCUUCCGCUACACUA